AAGUAUUUCUACAUUAACAGCGCACUUGAAUAGUUUAUACAUUUUGCGUAUAUAUAAUAAAUAUGUGUUUGUAUUCGUUGAAUAUGUAUUUUAUUUGACGAUCAAGAUCAUUGUAUUGAUUUAAACGGAUUAUUGUUUAAGAUUAAGGAUGGCUCGUGAUCCUGAUCAUUUCACGUAUAUGUCUCUAUGUCUGUCUGAAAUUCUAUACGAUAUUGGUGUGAAUGAAGAUAUGGUAACGAGAACGAGACGGGCUUGGCUUCUGAGAGAAUCACUGACAACUGUAAGUCACAGAUCAAGAGCGAUGCAAAAAACAGAUUAUAUAUUUGGCAGUCUUACCGAGGGGGCUACAACAACGGGGUUACGCUCAGAUAAUGAUUUUUUGAUAUUCGGUGACAAUGACGAAGUUUUUUUCUGAUAUAAAGAAAUGCAAGCCAUGGCAGCUUAAUUAUGUGAUAACAGAGGCUGAGUCUACACCCCCUGGGUAUUGCUAUCUGGGUUUAGUCUUUGGUAACAAUCCAAAUCAAAAUCUAAAAGAAGUCCUUAUUCCGCAUGUAACAUCAAUACCUGCAUUCUGGAAAUCAAAUGACGGCGAAGAGUACGAGUUACACGGACCUGCCUUCCAUUCUAAGGGACAGACCACAUACAAUGACCAAGACUAUGUUUCUGCAUACUUUUGCAAAACCUGGCCAAAAAGCGCAAGGAAAUGGCUAUCAGAAGAAGGUGUUGGUCACUGGCCAACAAAAGAACUAAAAUCAUUUGCAGAACAGAGUGGUUGUUUUCUUGUCCCGGUUGGUAGUAAAGGAAGUAAAAUGGAAAAAUAUGAAUACAGAAUAUCUACAUGUUUAGCAGAAAGAGCUUUAAUGUUAAGUUUGAAUAUUACACAAUUAAGAUGCUAUAUUCUUUUGAAAAUGAUCAUGAAAUCAUUCAUCAAUGCUUUGGUAGAAGAUGCCAUCUCAAGCUAUAUAUGUAAGACUGUUCUCUUUCACUGUAUAAAAUAUACACCUUCAAACUCAUGGCAAAACUCUAAAUUGUUGGACUGUUUAACGCUAUGUUUGUCAUCAUUACAAUAUUGUGUUCUUAUUGGCAAUUGUCCACAUUUUAUCAUACAUGAUAACAAUAUAUUAUUAGGACGAAUAACAUCUCCGUUUAGAGAACAAUUUAUAGAAAUAAUAGGAUAUUUGGUACUGUCAUGCGGAUAUGCACUUGGUAAUGUUCCACAUGAAUUGGUUGGGGUAAGGUUACAUAUAAAAAUGAAUGUAAAGUACCUACCGCUCCUAAAAGAAAUUUCAAUCAACAGACGUAUUGGGAUUCUUCUGAGAGACACAGGGAAGUGGGUUCAAGAUUUUUAUCUAUUGAGUUUGUUUGACAUUAAAUAUAAGAAUAAAGUCGUUGCAUUAUCGUUUUUAUAUUCUUGCGUAUAUGCGUUGGUGAAUAUUUACAAUUUAGGUAGCCGAAUAGAACGUUUAGCAUGUAAAUUACUUGCAGCAGAGCUUAGUUCUACAAUAGGUUCACUUUUGGCCAUCCCUGACAUAAUGUCUUCUUUGCCUAUUUCGAAAGCGUCAUUAGAGUGGUUUGAUGCCAGCCUGGAUUCAAACGUUUCCUCUAACAGAUUAAAACUGGCCUCAGUUUUCUACACUACUGGUGAAAUACAUAAAGCUUUCUCAAUAAUCAAAGACGUUGAAAAUCGUUACGAUAUUGAUACAGUGGAACCAGUUUGCCGUUGUAUUGAACAACCAAGCUAUCUAGCAAGAGAAGGAUUUGUCAAAGCCGCUGAACUUUAUAAUGAAAAUGGUUUGAAAUAUGUUGUUGCGUAUUGUGUAAAUUUCUUGCGCUGUGAAAGUAGAUGUAUGCCCAGAGAGUUGCAUUUAGAAAUGUACAGGACGACAACAGCCGAACAAAACUUGCGGCAUUCAAAAAACCAAUGGCUAGAUCUUGCAUUUGUUGAUUCUCUCACAUUCCUUUUAUUUCUAAAAUACAAGAUUUUUGGUUAUUUAGGAAAAAAAGCAGAGCAGAGUAAAGCGUUAGAUGAUCUUAUCAAAGUCAUCCGUUUUGAGCCAAAUUUAGGUCACAGAGAAACUGGAUUGAAUUUAGUGGGACAAAUUAUGGUAGAAAAGGGAAAGUUAUUUAAAGCACUUCUUUUCUUUCAAGCGUCAUAUAGACUGCAAAGGGAAUUAAACGCAGCAAAGAUUCAUUUAUGCAUUGUAAUAGCAAAAUUGUUGGGACAAAAAAAAGCCAAUGAAGACGUGUAACAUUAUAGUCCUUCCAAUAUGUUUUGUGGCUGGAAUGUAAACUUGGCUUAUUGAUUAAAAUGUCGCUCGAACCUACAGCGGUGAGAUGCAAGCAGUUUGAGGUCCACGAUCGAAACACAUUGCCACGGAUGCACCUCUCACAACAACCGUGUUAUUAUAACUGUAUUUAAAGAUCCUGUAUGUUUUGUGAUUGAUAUUGUUACUGUGUGUAUACCACACUUGCAAAAAAUUAUAUAUGUAUAUAAUUAUGCAAAUAAAACAAAUUUUCAAAGAUCGAAGAAUAUGUAAAAUGAGUACUGCAAAUAUUUGUGCACAUUAUAUUUAAUCAAUAAAAUACAUGUAUUCAUGUCUUAUUGGAAAAUUUGACUAAAAAUGUACAGAAAAUAAAUUUCUAAUUACCUCCCUUUAUUUACAUGAAAUGUUAAAUUGGGUAAUAUCUUUAUAAAUAAUGCUUAUUGGAACUUACAGUAUUGACAAAUCUUAAUUUGAGCAUCAUAUUUAUGAAAUAAAACCAUGAAAAAGUUGUGUUACAGGAUCUUUAAUGAAUUUCGGAUGUAGCGUUGGUAGAAGUAGUGAAAUAAAAUAGAGAAAGAUAAUCUAGAAAUGUCUGUUUUAGGUAAAAAAUAUUCUUCUUUUGAAUCUUUUACAGCCGCUUGUUUUACCCUACCAAUUUCGUGUCCUUCCGGACUGUGGAGGCUGCGUUCCACGAAUGCUAUACCUCUCUUGUCCAUCUUUAGUCUCAUAUUUUAGCUAUGCUUAAAGAAGUUUUCACACAGUUCAGACAUCUACAAGUGUAUAUAUAUUAUCUUAAUGUUAAUAGUUGAGUACUGUUGUUUUUUAACCAUUUCACACAUUUAUGUUGUAUAUGAAUAAUAUUAUAUCUUCAUUCUCCAUCAUAUUUUCUGUUUUCUUUCGACGACAAACAAAAAAUGUUUUUAUUAUAUUGCUAAAAUAGAUACAAAAAUGACGUUUUAGCAUAAGUAUAACAAUAAUUGAUAUUUAAGCAUGCAUAGUAACAUAUUAAUAAGCAUUUUAUAACAUUUAGCAUACAUAUGGCAUUUAAUUGACAUUUUUGUAGCAUACUGACAUUUAAGUAUACAUGUAGUGUAGACAUUUUUGAUUUACACUUCAGCAUACAUACGGAUAUUUUAUUACACAUUUUGACAUUCAUUAAUCAGGCCUCGAUAUUAGCGUUGGUCCGAGACCACCUGAUUUUGACAAGGACCACCUAAUUUUACAAGCCACUGGUCCGUCAGGCCACUUGAAUUUUCUGGAUGGUGUGAGGCUCAAGUAGGAGCAUGAUGAUUUGGUCAAAUAACAUAAGAGCCGCGUCAUGACAAAACCAACAUCAUGGGUUUGCGACCAUCAUUUAUUCAGACCAGCCUGCGCAUCCGCGCAGUCUGAUCAGG